AUGACUUUACGAUUUUGCGAAUUUCUGGUAUCCCGGGGCAUCUCAACAGUUGGUGCCAGACCCACGUUUCAAGGUGCCGGAAGUGCUAAUAAGGUUCAUUCAUUUUGUAGGGUCAUGACAUUCGGCAACUCUCCAUUUGGCAACCAGCAGAUGAAUAAUAACAUGAAUGGAGCAAUCAACUUUGGAACCUCGGUGAAUAUGAAUAUGUCGCCGUCAUUUCACUCUGGCUCGUACUUGACCAAGCUCGAGGCCAACUUCUGCCGGGACUACAACUGCUGUGGCGAGCGGCUUCCGACGCUCCACGAUCUCCUACAACACUACGAAGAGGCGCACAUAUCCCCUUCGCCUCCUCCCGAACCGAUGUACUACAACCAACGACCAAUGCAGGUGUUUGAAGCGGUCUCGACAAACGAGGUUUUCCUUUCCCCAGAGCCUUCCGACGCUGGUACCCCUAUGAUGAUGGAUGAAGACGAAGAGGAGAUGUGUAUAGACGAUCCAGCCCGGCACCUAUACGUUAUGGACCAUCAAGGAGAUGGAAAGCCUUACAAAUGCCCUGUUAUAGGCUGCGACAAAGCUUACAAGAACCAAAAUGGACUGAAAUACCACCGCCAGCACGGACAUCAAAACCAAGUUCUGCGCCAAAACGAUGACGGAACGCUCACUGUGGUCGCUCCUGACAAUGAAUUCCCGUAUCCGGACUAUCCUGGUUUGGAGAAAGAUAAGCCAUACCGAUGUGAAGUGUGUGGUAAGAGGUACAAGAACUUGAACGGUUUGAAGUAUCAUAGAGGACAUACAACGCAUUAA